UAGGACCCAGACGUGUGAACACGGGGAUACUGAAUGCACAGAACGUGAAAUACUCGUUGCCUCUAAAAUCUCUUUUGUAAAACAACUGUUAGAAGAGAAAACAUAAUCUUUACAGAAUCCUUAGAGCCAUUUUUGACGGGUAAUAACACCAGCUCAAUUUUCAUUUCUUUAACGAGAAGUAGCCUGGCUUGCAUACGCUGAGGUCCGUCAUGCCUUCAGUAGGAUCCAUCAUCAACUAUGUUGUGAUUGGUCUAUUUGUGUCCUACCUCAUCCAUGUUUCCUUGGUGAUGUUUCACCUGUUUAACCCCGAGCAAUGCGUACCGACGAGUGGCAAGGGUUCCUCCACUUGCAUCACGCCGUACAUUGGCAGGAACCCUAAGCUGCAGCUGAGUCUUUACACCUCAGUCAAGAUGAGGAAGGAUCUGAUUGAGAAGGACCUGAGUCUUGUUGCACAGUACAAAAACUUCACCAUCGAUGAGGAGUUUGACAGAUCAGUCAAUAUAACCUUACCAAAGAAAACCAGGAACAACGGAACACUGUUUGUGCAUGUCUUUGUGCACCCCCGAGGAAAGUCACCUUUUCACAGUAGCCUCUCCUCUUAUCAGUCCGCCCCUCUCACUAAGUAUGCCCCACCCAGAAUGGAGGAGUACAAUCUACUCAGUGAUAGCAGCAAUGAAAAUUCAUCAAGUGAGGUGCCAGUGACACAUUGGAAAAACAAAGUGGUGAUCAGUGUUCUACAGGACCAGCUGUCAAUGCACAGGCAUGGUGUGCCACAAGAAAUCUGGCAGUAUGUCAGACUGACUCAACAAGGGGAAUACCUGCCCAUUUUAUUCAUCAAUAAUUUGGUGCAUAAAAGCAAACAGUUGAAGCCAAUUAAUGCUAGCACUGUUGAGAUGCCACUGCACAUUCUCUACAGCCCAAUCUCCAUUGGCUGGCUAAGGCUCUACUCAACCCUGGAGCAGUCUGUGAAGAUGCUUCAUGACCUGGGUUUUGGUGAGAAAGACACAGAAGAAGUUAUGUCUUUGUUCACAGACAGUGGUCUGUACCUCCUAGCUCUGACAGUUAUUGUCUCCAUGUUUCACUUGCUGUUUGAUUUCUUGGCAUUCAAGAAUGAUAUCUCAUACUGGAGACAGCGAAACACCAUGGCAGGACUUUCCACAAGAACAGUUGUUUGGCGCGGUUUGAGCCAGAUCGUCAUAUUUCUGUAUCUUCUGGAUCGGGACACCAGCUUGCUUGUUCUUGUACCUGCUGGCAUAGGCACUGUCAUUGAAGUGUGGAAGGUGAAAAAGGCUUUCAAAGUCCACUUGUCCUUCACUGGGCUAAAGCCCAGGAUAUCAUUUGGCACAACGACAGACUCCGAGAGGGCAACGGAGGAGAUAGACUCGCAGGCCAUGCGAUACUUGUCCUACGUCCUGUACCCACUGUGUCUAGCUGGGGCGGUGUACUCACUGCUCUAUGUGCCUCACAAGAGUUGGUAUUCUUGGGUCAUUCAGAGUCUUGUCAACGGUGUCUAUGCAUUUGGCUUUCUGUUCAUGCUUCCACAGUUGUUUGUCAACUACAAGUUAAAAUCUGUGGCCCAUUUACCAUGGCGGGCAUUCAUGUACAAGGCCUUCAAUACCUUCAUAGAUGAUAUGUUUGCCUUUAUCAUCACCAUGCCAACGGCCCACCGGCUUGCUUGCUUCAGGGAUGACAUUGUGUUUGUUCUGUACCUCUACCAAAGAUGGUUGUAUCCAGUUGACAAGAGCAGAGUCAACGAAUACGGCAUGUCGUUUGACAAGGAGGACAGUGCUGGGACAGAGAAGAUAAAUGAUGCCAAGGAACAUGCAGAGUGAAAGCAAGUAGGAAUCUGUAAUGCCUACAUGUGGCACUGAUAGUGAGGAUGGAGUCAAUGGGCCAAAGGCUACUUCAAAUUUUAGAGGGAGAGGGGAGGUAAUCUUUUUCAGGAGGGCCUACGGAAAUCCACAGUAUUAUUUAUUCCUGUACAUGUGAUCUUGAUGGUCUUUCUUAGACAUGAGGCCUACUUUUAGGGUGUUUUACACAUGUUGGAGAAAAAAUAUACCAGUCAUGCCUCUGUCUUGGAUACUGUCUGUUCAUAGGCCCAGAACAAUCACACAACAGGGCGAUGUAUCUGCAUGUCACACUGUGAAACACCUCAUUCUGAGACAGAAGAGCUCCGGGAAGUUCGACAAAGAAUGUUUUCACUCAUUCAGUCAGUUUUCCAUGGUACCCAUGAUACGUUUUGCGCAUAGGUUACCAGGGAAUUUGAUCAAUGGUCACGCUCGUAUAACAGACUCGUUCCCGUCCCCACAGCAUAUAAGGUAAUGCAGGGACCGCUAACCAGACUACAGACCACAUGAAAUGUGAUUUUGUACUCACUGGCACCCGCACUACUUCCACAUUACAGUUUAUGCAAUUAAAGAGAGGGAACAGUGCACUUGCAGACGAUAUCAUUUACAUCUGUUAAUGUUAUGUUAAUUACACAGUUUUACAGUAGGUCUAUUGUCUUCUGAACUUCUAAAAUUCAGAGGUCAUUUCUUUGGAUGAAUUCCAUAAGACAGAGGUAUGGCAAAACAAUUGUUGACUGCUGUGAUGCGGGAUAUGAGGUUUGGAACACCCAAGGGAUGCAUAGCACCUCGAAGUGAAGCCAAGGGCACUAUGCGUAACCUGUCCUCUUUAGAAACAAACAGAUUUGCCCCUUUUUUGGCCUGUUUGAGCCCCCUCCCCAUCCCCCAAGUGUGGGUAACUCGGCACAGAAUCCUUCUUUUCAAGGUUAUACAAGUACAUUUAGCCAAACCCACGGACUUAUGGCUACAGAAAGCAGAGAUUCAUGGGAAGAGUGCAUGUUAGCAAAUGAGACGUCAUCAGUCCAUAGGCCUCCUGGGCAUGCUGUGUCCUCAUUCAUACAGGGAUGUUUCAAAGCCAGCAAAUAACUGGAUUGUAUUUUUGUGCGCUUGUAAGAAAAAGUAACCUUUUAAACAGUGAGAAUUGUUACUCAGUAAACCUACUUUGAAGUAUCUUCGUGUACAGAGUACCGAAGUGACUUUAUCAUGCACACAAUUACAUUUGUAAAAGGUAUUAAAGCAAGAACCAGCCCAUGAACCAACAUGCGCACCUACUCCAUCCAUGUGCAUUGCAUCUCUGGUUCAAAAUGACGUCACACUUCGGUACUCUACACAACUAAUUGAAGUGCAGUCAUUGUUUUGAAUGUAAAUAUGAGAAUAUUUGAUGUGGAUAUGGUCGCAUAAAAGUCAUUUCAUUCUUUAAAGCAUCUCAUGAUACAACUUGUAACACCAAGCGGCAAUAAAUUCUGCAUAAUAAAUGCAAUA